CACGGCAACGGCAACGGCGACGACGAUAUUAUAUUUAAACAUGUGCCUCACGCACGCACCAACAGUUACCACACUAGAGCUAUCCAGAAAGAUCGGCCAUGGCGGACGGAGGCGUAUGGGUGUUCCGGAAGGACGGGGUGAUGGAGCUGGAGAACGCGGCCCGGUCGACGUCGAGCCGGAGUGGACCGGGCAACAAGGCGCUGCUGUACGUGCCGGCGAACGACACAAUGCGGUCGCUGCAGGCGCUGGAGCAGCGCCUCGGCGCGCACGGCUGGGAGCGCUACUACGAGAACCGGGACGUCGUGCAGCUCCACCGCCGCGACGGCAGCCUCGACCUCAUCUCGCUCCCGCGCGAAUUUGCGCAGUUCCGCUCCACCCACGUGUACGACGUAGUCGUCAAGAACCGAGGCCACUUCAAGGUCGUCGACCUCUAAACAUCUACUAGUAGUCUAGUAGUAUGCUCACGUACGUAACCACUGCUUUCCCGGUCAGUUAAGCUUGCAACCUUAAGCUCUGUGUGUAUGUUUUUUUCCUUUUUUUUGCGGGUGCUGUGUGUAUAUUAAACGUCUGGUAUAUCGUUGUGAGUAUACUAACAAUAUAUUUCUUGUAUGUGUAUGAUAUUUUCCGAGUU